AAAUAGGCAGACCAACUAUCAAUCGGCUGGAUCAAAGUUUUCUACUUAUUUACAUAACUUGACACGAAUAGAACCAAGUAAUGUGACCAUCUGCUAGGACAUCAAAUACAUCGAUUCCAAGCCCCUUUUUAUAUUUGCCCAUCUGCCAAGAACAACCGAGUGAGAUUAAAGAUUGAACAUAACAUUUUAUGUCCGAAAACAAUACUGAAAUAACUGAAAAGAAUACUUGUAAAAGCAUGUAAGGUUGUUGUAAAAAAUAUCAACAACAUUGUUGCAAUUAACAAGCAAAAACAAGAUCGACAAACAUGAAACCGAUCGGAUUGAUCAGCAUGGAAACACGAAUAUCGCGUGCUUUAAAUGGGCCCGGGGCAUCUAAUAAAUAGGCCAGGCAAUUGACACGAUUAGCUACUGUGCGGUUCGGCAUCGAAAUGAAGUGGGCAGUAAUUUUUAUAUUCGCUCAGCUGGUGCACCACAUUGCGGGCGAACAACCGUAUGUGGUAAGCAAUGAGCAGCUGGAAUCUUUUGAGGGCGACUCGGAUACGCUUGUGCUGUUUGAUAAUCUAAAGACCGUGGGACGUGAGCGCAUGAUCAACGGUUCGUUUUCCUUUCUGGGCGACAUGGACAAUGAUGACUUUAAGGUUUCUGUGGAGCUCUACUCCAGUCCCAAUAGCGACGGCGAUUUCAAGCGCAUGGUCUUCGAUGUGCCACAGACCAGCAUUUGCGAGUGCUUCAAAAAGUUCUAUGUACAGUUCGUGCAGCCUUCUGUCAGCGAGGGCGACACCACUAAUUUUCCAAUUGUGGGCGAGGAUACCUGUCCAAUACCCAAGGGAGAGUAUUACAUCAAAAGCGUAUUAUUUAACACCAAAGAUUGGCCCGAGCAAGUGCCACGCGGCAUUGUCAAGGCCAUAAUAACGUUCUGGACCGGUGGCAAGAAUGUCGGUGGUUUCAUAGUGCUCGUGAAGAUUGAAGAUCGUCAGAAUUAGACGUCUUGAUACAUACUUUUAUACAAAUUCUACACAAUUUAUUAGUUCAUUUAAUAAACUAGCAAUAAAGGUCUUUGAAAGCGAUGGAA